GAGCCAUAAAUAGUGGCGCUCUCCUGCGACAACUUCCGGUUCAAGCGGAAGGCGGUUUAAGAGGCCGUCCUGGCACCUUGAGGCGUACACCUCCGGACAUUCCGGGGCGAAUAUGGACAGGAGGAAGAAGCCUUUGGACGUCACGGCGUCCUCGUUGGUAGACCUUAAGGCUGAACUCUUCCGAAAACAAGAAGAAUUCAAACAAGAAAAACUUCUAAAAGAUGCUGGAGUUUUGGGAAAACCAAAACCAACCAACAAGAAACCAAGUAUCUGGAGCAAACAGAAUGCAGGAGUUUCUAAUCGAGCUGAAAAGGAUGCUGAACAGAAGAUUGAAGAACAGAAGACUUUGGACAAAGCGAGGGAGAAAUUGGAAGAAAAGGCCAAAUUAUAUGAAAAAAUGACUAAAGGAGACUUUAUAGAUGAAGAAGUGGAGGAUAUGUACCUUGUGGAUUUCACCCAGAAGAUGAUAGACAAACACAAAGAAAUGGAAUCUAUUGGCGCCAAUAGAGGUUACAGAAAGACCGAAGAAAGAGACGAUGAUGAGGGAGCUCUUUCUGAAAAAGAUAUUCCUCCGCCCCAGGAUCCCAGUGAAGAAUGGGUGGAUUAUGUGGAUUCUUUAGGGCGAUCCCGGCGCUGUAUGAGAAAGGAUUUGCCAGAUCUGCUGGAAAUGGAUAAAAAUCUUCAGGGGAGGCUUUUCGUUAGUCCUGCAAAUGAGAAAACCUUACUGUCUGAAGAUAUGAGAAAAGAGCUCCAGCGCCAGCAAUGGGAGGAAGAAGAGAGGGAGGCCCUGAGAAGGCCAAUGGGGCCCGUACAUUAUGAAGACAUCCGUGAAAAUGAGGCCCGGCAACUUGGUGUUGGAUACUUUGCUUUUGCCCGAGAUAAAGAGUUGAGAAACAAGCAGAUGAAGACCUUAGAAAUGCUACGUGAACAGACAACAGAUCAGAGAACAAAACGAGAAAAUAUAAAGGAAAAGAGAAAAGCCAUAUUAGAAGCAAGACUUGCCAAACUCCGACAGAAAAAGAUGAAAAAAUCAAAAGAAGAUGGAGCAGAGGAAGAAAACAGAGAUGGAGAUGUUAUUGGACCUUUGCCCCCAGAACCAGAGGUCACGCCAGCUCCUCGUACAGCUGCCCAGAGUAGCAAAGUAGAAGUCAUCGUUCAGGAGAGGAGAGAUACCAGACCCGGGGUGCCGCACGUCCGCGAGUGGGACAGAGGAAAAGACUUUUCCUUUGGGUACUGGUCGAAGAGGCAGUCAGAUCUCCGGGCUGAGAGAGACCCUGAGUUUGCACCACCAUCGUAUUACUUUGUGGACCAAAAGAGAACUGAGUCUCUGAGCAGCCAGGCAUGGAGCCGACCUGCCCCUGCACAGAGGGACCCAGGGCAGCACUCUGGCCAGAGCCAUGACCCCUGCGCAUCACAGACAUCAUCUGCUCCUGCCCCCAGCAGCCCGCCACAAGCGCCGACGGUCACUUUUGAAACUCUGGAUGAUAUGAUAUCAUAUUAUAAACAAGUAACAUGAAGUUAAAAACACUAUAA